CUUGUACCAAACUUGACUAGAUUGCAAAAUGUCCCCUCGAUGCGGUCAGGCGCCUGAAAAUAUUGCUAAUGGAUAUUAUGUUGGAACGAAAAAUUCAUAUAAUCAGGGAGAUCAGCUUCAUUACGUUUGUUCAGAGCAUUACGUCAUGAUUGGAAAUCCUACUCUCACGUGCAGUUCCGGAAGCUGGACUGGAGGACAUCCUAUAUGUCGUCUAUCAUUCCUGUCAAAUGCCUACUUUUAUCUAAUCGGAGCCAUUGUUAUGCUAAUUUUCAUAGUUGUUUUGGGUGUGUUUUGUGUGUUCUGCUGUAAAUAUCGGUAUCGCCGAAAAAUGGUCCACGACGAUGACAAGUCACGUAGUCAUCCGGAAGGCAAUACGACUAAGGAACAACAUAUGAAAAUCAACAACGAAUUAUCGAAAUCGAAUAAAUCAUCACUAAAUUUUUCAAAAUCAAGAAGUUUAAAAAUCAGCAUGAAAAAUACUUUUACCAAGAAGAAACAAAAUACUAGUGUAAACAGCAAUGACAAGGUAGAAGAACAUGUGGAGAACAGCAAAGAUGGUUACCACGAAAAUUCACCCAUAACUAAGGUGAUUCCACUUGAAAACAACGAAAAUACAACGGAAAAGAAAAGUGUGAUAUUAAGUCAUCAAAGAGUUGCCGUAGAACUGGACAUAUGGAAACCGUUCACACGUCCCAUAAGAAAUAACAAUACAAGUACACAAUGAAAUAAACCCAUUAACGACAUAGUAAA